UCAAUAAGACAGUCGGGGGUUGAUUUUUCGUCCUUCUCCCCUUCGAACGAGCAGUAGUCGUUCGACCGAAAUCCGCGUUUUAAGUUCUCAAUGUCGUUAACGCCUCGUUAUUAUUGACCGAAAAACCCUAUGUGGCGGGAUUCGUCAAUAAAUUUACUUUCGAAUUUAUUCAUACGUCUGUCUUAACGAAAAGUACAAAAAUUCCCAUGGCAACAUUGUAUCGUCGGUAGCCACCCUCCUUAAAAGGCGAAUGCGUUUGAACGUGCAGGAAUAAAUAUAGGAAUAAUGGCAUCUCUGGAGGACCUCUGGAAAGAAGCAACCGAAGGAUUUGAUACAGCGGUCUCCGAGACUUGGUUCAAUCGCCUGAACGAGGUUUAUUCCGACGAGAAACGUACUUAUCACAAUAUGAAUUCUCUCAGCGAAAAAUUAUCUCAUUAUAACGAGAUAAAGGAUCAAUUGAAAAAUCCUCAAGCCUUACUGCUCGCUGUAUUCUUCCAAAACUUCGAGUACGAUCCUAAAGCGCUGGACGGUGAGAGCCAGAACCUGGAUCACUUUAAUACAUUUGCCGAUGAAGCUGGCAUUUCACCCGACAACGAAGUACGCAUUGAAACGUGCGCACUGCUCAAAGUCGCGAGUACGCACAGUACCGAAGAGCACAAAGUUGGUGGUGCCUUUGGGGGUGAGGAUGCUCACUACCUUUUAGACUUAGAUAUGGCGAUACUAGGAUCAUCCCCGGAGGCUUAUACCGAUUACAGGGAAAAAAUACGCGGAGAAUAUUCCUUUCUCAGCGAGCCCAUGUACACCGCUCUGAGGCUCAAGGUGUUGCAGAAUUUUGUACAAAUUCCUAAUAUUUUUGCAACGAAAGAAUUUCGGGAAAAGUUCGAAGAACAAGCGAGACUAAAUAUUCAAGCCGAAGUUGAAUUGCUAUCUUAGAUAAAAUAACUUAUUAUGUUGUUGUAAAAGUGCUUCGUUCGAGCAUGAUUAAGUAGCUGUACAAUUAAUACUCUCGCAUAGGACAUGAAACUAUGAAUUCAAUGCUAUGGAAAUUUAAAAUGCUUGGAAAUUGUGUUUUUUUUUUUUUUUUUUAUUAUUUUGCUCCUUUUGGAAGUUACCGUCGAUCGAUUUCGGUGCAAUCAUUGAUUUCCGUGUUUCUUUCCAUGUGUGCCCGAAUAUAAUUAACAUGAAAAUAUGAAGUCGCUGUAUUUGCGGAAGUAGAGCACAAACAGUUAUCAUUUUAACGAUUCAUGUGGAGCUCGCAUCCUUUUCGAACAUAACUCGUUUUCUCUAUAUACGAGCCAAUGAAUCAAUGAGUGAAUGAGUAAAUUGAAUUACGUGCUUUUUGUACCAUAAUAUAUAUUAUAUAUCGCUCGGAAGAUAAAUGUAGCAUCGUUGAAACGUGAGUGUUGACGUUGAUAUAAUAUAUACUAUUUAUAAAUAUUA